UUCGUCGUGGUGCACUGCUGCUCGCACUGCGGUCGAGCGCUGACUUCAGCGAGCAGGAGAAGGUGAAGGUUUUGUGUAGGGUUUGGAGGUGGGAGCGAACGUAGGGAUUGAGUAUCGACGGGAGGAGAAUCGAGACGAAGAAGAAGAAUACCGAGGGGGGGAUCGAUUGGUGGAUUGAUUGGGUGAUUGGAGUGGAGGAAGUUCGGAGAGCAUGUCGACCCCUUCGAGAAAUUUGGUGUAUGUCCUGUCUCAGAUGUUCUGACGGAUGACGAUUAUGGUUAUGAUCGUACUGUUUGUGCUCCUUGCGAGUAAUCCGCCUUAAGUCAUGUCGACUCGAAUUUGCGUAAAAAACAUCCCUCGUCACGUGAAUGAAGAUAGGCUGAGGGAACACUUCGCUGAGAAUGGAGAGGUCACGGAUGCGAGAAUCAUACGAACAAGUGAUGGUCGGAGUCGGCAAUUUGGAUUCGUCGGUUACAGAACAGAAGAGGAGGCCGUAAAUGCUGUGAAGUACUUCAAUCGAUCGUUUUUCGAUACCAGUCGUCUCGUUUGCGAGCUUGCUCAAGCGGUCGGUGCAUCCAAUCUACCCCGGCCAUGGAGUAGACAUUCAGAAGGUAGUUCUGCGUUUGACAAUUCUCAUCGAAAGAAAGACGUCGAGUCUUUCGAAGUAAAAGACGUUGCUCCUCGUGCUAAGAAGACUCAGACCCCCAAGACUGGCAUCCAGGAAGAGGAGAAUGAUGUGCAGCUGCAGGAGUUUUUGCAGGUGAUGCAACCACGAUCGAAAACCAAAAUUUGGGCAAAUGACGCAGAAGGAGAUGAUAAAAGCCUGAAGUCAGGGCCAGGAGGUGGAAAAUCCAAUAAGAAACCUGCAGUAGAGGUUAGAACAGUCGAAGGUUUUGCCCGCAGAGUUCCCAUAAAUAAAGGGAAGACUUCUACUAAAUUAACACAAGUGCACGUCCGCUUUGAAGAUGAAGAUGACAGCGGUUCAGAAGAAGAUGAUGAUCAAAUGAUAGAUGUUGCACUCCCAGUGGAUCCAAUAUCAGAGAAGAUGGAAGUAGAAGAGGACGAGAAAGACGACAUUGUUAAGAAUGAAAAAGUUUCAGACACGGACUAUCUCAAAAGUAAAGUAAAGGAAAACUGGAGUGAUUCCGAAGAAGAGGAAGACCAACCAGUUACGCAAGCUUUGCCGGAGCUGAAGGACGAAGAGGAGUUGCAGGAGGAGGAGGAGGAAGAAGAAGAAGAAGACGAAGAAGACGAUGAGGAAGAGGAGACUGAAAAAGGAAAAUCAGUAGAGGGUUCCAAUGUGGAAGGGGUUGUAGUUUCAGGAGACAACGUCGACGAUGGUUCAGCACAUACACUUCAGGUUGAUGGUGAGGAGCAAGAGAGUGUGUCAGAAACGGGGCGCUUGUUUGUGAGGAAUCUACCCUAUACAGCAAGUGAAGAAGACCUUACACAGAUUUUCAGUAAGUACGGACAACUCAGCCAGGUUCACUUGGUGCUGGAUAAGGCUACCAAGAGAUCCAAAGGUUUUGCGUACAUUCUUUACAUGCUUCCAGAAGAUGCCGUGAGAGCUUUUGAGGCACUGGACAAGUCCAUAUUUCAAGGACGUCUGCUUCAUCUUAUACCAGCAAAGAGACCCCCACCGGCCCCGGAACCAAAGCUGAUUGGAAGUGGUCCAGGUUCAACGAAGUACAAGCAGGAGAGAGAAGCCCAACGGAAGGCCGCUGAAGCAGGUGGCGAUACUCGAGCAUGGAAUAUGCUAUUUAUGCGCCCAGACACAGUUGCUGAGAAUGUGGCACAGAAGUAUGGGAUGACAAAGAGUGAAUUUCUAGAUCCUGAAGCAGGGGAUCUGGCUGUACGCAUGGCACUCGGUGAAACUCACAUCAUCACCGAAACAAAACGAGCUUUGAGCGACGAGGGCGUCAAUGUUGAAGUUCUUGAACAGGUCGCCUCUGGUCAAGAAGGGAAAGUAAAGCGAAGCAACCAUGUUAUAUUGGUGAAAAAUUUGCCCUUCACAACAACAGAGGACGAUCUACUAAGGAUGUUUUCUGCGCACGGCAGCAUAGGUCGGGUCAUCCUACCUCCUACCAAGACGUUGGCGGUGGUAGAGUAUCUGGAGGCUGCAGAAGCGUCGCGGGCUUUCAAAAGUUUGGCUUACAAACGCUUCCAGCAUGUGCCUUUGUAUCUAGAGUGGGCACCUGAGCAGUUGCUGAAAGAGCAUGUGCCUGUUGGUCCCCAAAGAGGAAGUGUUCAAGAGAAGGCAGUAGGAAAGGACCUUGUGAAGAGAGUUGAAAUCUCUCAAAAGUUGAUCGGGGUUCAGGAUGAAUUAGACAAUUCCGCAGCACAGGGAGGAUCUGUUUUUGUAAAAAAUUUGAAUUUUGCAACGACUCAAGAAAGUCUGACGAAACAUUUUCGGCAACUUUUGAAGCAAGGUGCUCUCCGCAGUGUGAAGAUUUGUACCAAACCGAAUAAGAAAGGAGGGAAAGCGCUUUCUAUGGGUUUCGGAUUUGUCGAAUUCGACAGUGUGGAAACUGCGACUGAAGUUUGCAAGAAUUUCCAGGGCACCGUGCUGGACAGCCAUGCACUAAUAUUGCAAUUAAGUAAUACAACAAAUAGAGGAAAAACAGAUUCAUCGGAAAAGAAGGGAAGUAAGCAAGGGGCAAAGGAUGAGAGCUUCACCAAGAUUAUUGUUAGAAAUGUUGCCUUCGAAGCUACAAGAAAAGACUUGCAGCAAUUAUUCAGUCCCUUCGGCCAGCUUAAAAGUCUCCGUUUGCCGAAGAAGUUCGAUGGCAAUCACAGGGGAUUUGCCUUUGUAGAGUUCGUAACUAGACAAGAAGCACAAAAUGCUUUUGAUGGACUGAAGAACACUCAUUUAUACGGAAGACAUAUGGUUUUGGAGCGGGCUAAGAAUGGGGAGAGCCUGGACGAACUCAGGGCACGUACAUCACAACAAUUUUUUGAGGACAAUGGCGUUGAUACGAGACCAAGAAAAAGUAGACUAGAUGAUGACAUGGAGACAUCUGACCGUCCUCAGAAAAAGCAGAAGUCGUUUUCCACAUUUGGGGAUGACUCAGAAUAAAAAUUAUCAGGGAAUUGUCAAUUUAACCAUAGCUCUUCAGCUGUCUUCUCAAACGGCCGUUCAAUUUCAGUGUAUGGACAUGUCAUUCAUCAUAAUCAUGCUUGCUUGC